CCCAAAUGGACCGCGUGCCUUUGGCACAGGCAAAGAUGCGCUGGAUAACGCUAUUUGCCGGCUUGACUUUCUGGGGCAAAAUAUCUGUUACUCACAGUUUUGACUUCGGUGAAACAGACUAUGACUAUUAUGAAGAAGACAAAAAUGAUGCCAUUGACUAUAAAGACCCAUGCAAAGCUGCUGUGUUCUGGGGGGAUAUCGCUCUGGAUGAGGAGGACCUUCAGAUGUUCCACGUGGACCGAACAGUUGAUCUUACCCAUCGCACAAACACACACACAGGACACACAACGGGUGGCCGAGGGGAACAGGAACACGAAAUCUCCAAGAAAAAAGGAGCGUUAUAUCUACUGCUGGAGAAAUUAAGGAAACUUGACUUUGGUAAGUCAUCUCCCAGUACAAAGAGUCCCAGUGUGAAACUUGUGAGGAUGGGCACUGUAGUGAAGAAUCGUUUUCCUCGAGCAGCCACCUCCAGAGCAGAGAGGAUAUGGCCUGGAGGAGUCAUCCCAUACGUCAUAGGAGGAAACUUCACUGGUAGUCAGAGAGCCAUGUUCAAGCAGGCAAUGAGACACUGGGAGAAGCAGACCUGUGUGACUUUUAUAGAAAAGACCGAUGAGGAGAGCUACAUUGUGUUUACAUACAGGCCCUGUGGGUGUUGUUCCUAUGUGGGUCGUCGUGGCAAUGGGCCCCAGGCCAUCUCCAUUGGGAAGAACUGUGACAAGUUCGGCAUUGUGGUGCAUGAACUGGGCCACGUCAUUGGCUUCUGGCACGAGCACACGCGGCCGGAUCGGGACGACCAUGUGACCAUCAUCCGGGACAACAUCCAACCAGGCCAGGAGUACAACUUCCUGAAGAUGGAGCCAGGGGAGGUCAACUCUCUUGGGGAACCAUAUGAUUUUGAUAGCAUCAUGCACUAUGCCAGGAACACCUUCUCACGGGGAAUGUUCCUGGAUACCAUCCUCCCCUCUAGAGAUGAGAAUGGAGUGCGUCCUGCGAUAGGUCAGAGGACGAGGCUCAGUAAAGGAGACAUUGCACAGGCAAGAAAGCUGUAUAGAUGUCCAGCCUGUGGAGAGACUCUCCAGGAUUCUACAGGGAACUUCACUUCCCCCGGUUACCCCAAUGGAUACCCCUCCUACACCCACUGUGUGUGGAGGAUAUCAGUUACACCUGGAGAGAAGAUUGUUUUAAACUUUACUACGAUGGAUCUGUACAAAAGCAGUCUCUGUUGGUAUGACCACAUAGAAGUCCAUGAUGGAUAUUGGAGGAAAGCUCCACUCCUCGGUAGAUUUUGUGGCGAUAAAGUUCCUGACGUGUUGAUUUCCACUGACAGCCGAAUGUGGAUUGAGUUCCGCAGUAGUAGCAACUGGGUGGGGAAGGGCUUUGCUGCAAUUUAUGAAGCAAUAUGUGGAGGAGAUAUCACCAAAGAUUCCGGACAAAUUCAAUCUCCCAAUUAUCCAGAUGACUACCGACCCUCCAAAGAGUGCGUGUGGAGAAUCAGCGUCUCGGAAGGAUACCACGUUGGCCUCAGCUUUCAGGCUUUUGAGAUCGAAAGACAUGACAGCUGUGCAUAUGACUACCUGGAGGUUCGAGAUGGCCCUUUAGAUACCAGCCCUUUGAUCGGUCGAUUCUGUGGCUACGACAAACCCGAGGAUGUGCGCUCUACCUCACACACUUUGUGGAUGAAGUUUGUUUCGGAUGGGACUGUCAACAAAGCUGGUUUUGCAGCCAACUUUUUCAAAGAGGAGGACGAGUGUGCCAAGCCGGAUAAUGGAGGCUGUGAGCAGAGAUGCGUCAACACUUUGGGCAGCUUUAAGUGUGCCUGUGACCCGGGCUUUGAGAUUGCCCCGGAUAAGAAAAGCUGUGAGGCUGCUUGUGGUGGCCUGCUCUCAAAGUUGAAUGGAACCAUCAGUACCCCCGGCUGGCCCAAAGAGUAUCCACCCAACAAGAACUGUGUGUGGCAGGUGGUGGCCCCCACACAGUACCGCAUCUCCAUGCAGUUUGAGGCCUUUGAGCUAGAGGGGAAUGAGGUGUGUAAAUAUGAUUAUGUGGAGGUGCGCAGCGGCCUGUCGUCAGACUCUAAGCUCCACGGGAAAUACUGCGGCACUGAGGUCCCUGAGGUCAUCACCUCUCAGUACAACAACAUGAGGAUUGAGUUCAAAUCGGACAAUACCAUCUCCAAGAAAGGAUUCAAGGCGCACUUCUUCUCAGACAAGGAUGAAUGCAGCAAAGACAACGGAGGCUGUCAACACGAGUGCAUAAACACACUGGGCUCGUACAUGUGUCAGUGUCGCCAUGGCUUUGUGCUACAUGAUAACAAGCAUGACUGUAAAGAAGCGGAGUGUGAGCACCAGAUCCACAGCCCCAGUGGCACCCUGAGCAGCCCUAACUGGCCCGACAAGUACCCCAGCCGCAAGGAGUGCACGUGGGACAUCAGUGCCACCCCGGGCCACCGAGUAAAGAUUAGUUUCUCAGAGUUUGAGAUCGAGCAGCAUCAGGAGUGUGCAUAUGACCAUCUGGAGGCCUUUGAUGGAGACAGUGACACAGCCACCAUCCUCGGACGUCUGUGCGGUAGUAAGACCCCUGAGCCUCUGGUUUCCACCGGCAACAAGAUGUACCUACGCUUCAUAUCAGAUGCUUCAGUGCAGAGGAAAGGCUUCCAGGCCACACACUCCACAGAGUGUGGGGGGCGUCUCAGAGCAGAUGUGCGUCAGAAAAACCUGUAUUCCCACUCUCAGUUUGGGGACAAUAACUACCCGGGCCACACUGACUGUGAGUGGCUACUGACCACAGAGCAAGGCUAUGGCAUUGAGCUCACCUUCAUCACGUUUGAGGUAGAGGAGGAGGCAGACUGUGGCUACGACUAUAUCGAACUGUACAACGGCCUGGACAACAACGCGCACAGGCUGGGGCGCUUCUGUGGUUCAGGGCCCAGAGAGGGAAUCUACUCUCCCGGAGACACCAUGCUGAUCCGUUUCCAUAGCGACGACACUAUCAGCAAGAAGGGCUUUCACAUGCGCUACUCCAGCACCAAGUUCCAGGAGAGCCUCCUGAGCAGGCAAUGAGAUAUCCACCGUCCCUUCUGCACAGGCUGUCCUGUGUCUUCUGAGCGUGCCCCCCACCGCUCUAUUUGCUGCUCCUCUGUCUGUGAUCUGAGUGCCAUUCUAAGUGCAGGUGACUGG